UAUUAUUCCGGGCAACAACACUCUUCGUCGGUCAAUCACUAAGUGUCGACUCGUGGGUUAGCAUUAUCUUCGUCAUGGCACGUGGCAGAGGACUCCUGAGGGGCCUUGUUUGUCCUUUGGGAUUUUUGCUUCUCCUACAGCUCGGCGCCCUGGCAGAAGGGAGAAUAUACUUCAGACGACGCAUGGGCAUGGUCGAAAACUUCCGGGAGAGGGCGCUGGAUGUCUGCGUGAAGCCCUUUAACCCCAGGACGCGAGUGGACUUUAAGCUGAACGUGGUGAAUCUAGGGUCAGCGAGAGACGUGACCGUCGGUACCGUCUCCCUCAGGAAGAACCAGCUCUCGGAGGGCACCGAACAUGUCAUCAGUGCUAGUCAUUUCGUGGAAGAGGGAGAGCACAAGAUGAAAGUGCUAGUUGACGGCAUUGACACACCGUACGAAAAGGCUCAGGUUUACGCCCCCAGUGAUGAUUACAUAUUUUACGAAUACACCAUCUGGCUCAGGGGACGCGCGAACAUCACUCAGUGUAACGUGACGCCGAAAACGACAACUACAACGACGACAACCUCAACGACUACAACAACGACUACAACAACGACCCCUCGGCCAGCUCCAACAACAACGACUCCUACAGAACGACCAACGGCUAAUGAAACGAUUCUGUUUAGAAAAACAGACAUGAACGAAGCGCCCCGCCAGUUCACAGAAGAUGAUGACCUGACCUUCGAUGAACUUUCUGAGGGAGAAAUGCCAUCGGUCGAUGCCGGGACUGAGCCGACCAGUCACACUAAUACAACAUCGGAGACGGAGGAAUGGUGGGCCUUCGUGUGGGUGAUGGGGGACUUCAAUGGCUUCCCUGUCCUCUUGCUGCUGAUUGUCACCUUCAUCGUCGGGCUCGGCCUCGGCGCCCUCUGCACGCUCUGUUGUGAGGUCUACUUCAGCAAGAGGAAGGACGUCGACAAGGGACACGAGGUCGACCGCAAGUUCUCCAACUACACGAGUUUCCGGACGGACUACUACCCGAGGCUCUCCACCACCACGACCCUCACCAGCACCCUCAACAACGCCCGCGUCGACAACGAGGCCAACCACAACAACCCGAUGAGCCAGUGCCCGCCGCCCUCGCCCCCGUGCUCGUCCCCGCCCGACACCUACAGCAUGCCCCACGAUGCCCACCGGGAACGCGCGGGCUCGAUGUCUGUCCACGACGAAACCCUUCCCCUGAACUACCCGCUGACGUACCCGGACCGCGACCCGCAGAACUCCAAACUCCUGCACACGUUCGGCGGCCAGUCCUACCGGGAGUCCGAGUACCAGUGAGUCCUGCGGGGAGAGACUGGUACCUCGAAGUCCCAGAGGAGGGUCGGCAGGUAUCAAGAGUAGGAAUGAUCGUCAUGGAAGACCUUACAUGAAAGAAGGGAGCCGUUCCAUCGCGUCGAUUUUACGCAGCGACGUUUUUGUCAGUGUGUUUCACCGCUGUUGAUUCCCUUUAACUGGUGCUAAAGUGUCGUGUAAUCAGCGACGUUGGAAUUGUGAUGUUAGGUUAGGUUUUACUUGUUUUCGACAAAGGUAACUUUUUUCCAGUGAAAUGAUCUGGAAUGUCGAUGGAUUUGGCGAGAGAGGUGGAGGGGAAGCAACCUGGUAUACUCUGAAAUUCUCACGUUGAAGAGUAUUCUAGUCAAAAGAACGGGAAAUGCGGCUUUUAUGAGAAUGCAUGGAAUAUUUCGGUGGAAUGUUCAUAUACAAGAAUCGAUAUUUUUUGGUAAGCUAUAAGAUAAUAUGAUCUGACCAAUGAUUACUGUCUCAUUAUGAUACUGAUUUUAGUUAGUUCACUGAUUUCUGUCUGUGAUUUGCAAAGUAAAUGAUUUAAGAGAGAGAGAGAGAGAGAGAGAGAGAGAGAGAGAGAGAGAGAGAGAGAGAGAGAGAGAGAGAGAGAGAGAGAGAUACAACUUAAUGUUCUGUGAUAAAUAGAGAAAAUAUGCCUAUUUGUAGACCUUUGGUCCGUAUAUCAAUUUUCAUUUUGGUAAAACAUCCUUAGUUGAUGUAUUAAAAGCAAUAAAAAAAGAUACCCAC